AGAUUUGAUGAAAAGGAGAAUGUAUCAAACUGCAUCCAGCUGAAGACAUCGGUUAUUAAAGGUAUUAAGAAUCAGCUGAUAGAUCAGUUUCCUGUUAUUGAACCAUGGCUAAACCAGAUUAUGCCAAAGAAAGACCCUGUCAAAAUAGUAAGAUGUCAUGAACAUAUAGAAAUCCUCACUGUGAAUGGGGAGUUGCUGUUCUUCAGGCAAAGAGAAGGGAUUUUUUACCCAACACUGAGGUUACUCCACAAAUAUCCAUUUAUUCUGCCACAUCAGCAGGUCGAUAAAGGAGCGAUUAAAUUUGUACUAAGUGGAGCAAAUAUAAUGUGUCCUGGCCUGACAUCUCCUGGAGCAAAACUUUACCCUGCUGCCAUUGAUACAGUUGUUGCAAUAAUGGCAGAGGGAAAGCAGCAUGCAUUAUGUGUGGGAGUAAUGAAGAUGUCAGCUGAGGAUAUUGAGAAGGUCAACAAAGGGAUUGGUAUUGAAAAUAUUCAUUAUUUAAAUGAUGGCCUUUGGCAUAUGAAGACGUACAAGUGAAACAAAAGGAACUGUGUUACUCCAAAGGAAUGCACUUAGAUUAAAUGUGGACUGCUUUGUAAUUCCUUCUGUUUUUUAAUGUGACUGAAUGUACAAAUUACUUUGUUCUGUGGCUAUGCUAAAUAAAUCAAGUGAAUGCGAAAGUA